AUGUCGAAAACGCUCUCUUGGGUGCUCCGACACGGCUCGCAGGCCGAGGGCCUCGCUAUGCGCCCCGACGGAUAUGUGCGCGUCGAUGACCUUUUGAAGAUACCUAAGAUGCGCGAGAUGGACUUCCACAAUUUAGAAAACAUCGUACAGAAUGAUAGCAAAAGCCGCUAUGAUUUGAAGUGCGAGCGAGACGAAAGCCUCGAGCCUCCAAAAGAGAUCUGGUGGAUCAGAGCCAACCAGGGUCACUCAAUGAAGGAAGUCAAACUUGACUUGAAGCUGAUGAACUCAGUGAAGGAUAUCCCGACGGGGAUCGCUGUGCACGGCACUACGCGUAAGGCCUGGGAGCUCAUCCAAAAGCAAGGGCUUUCGAAGAUGUCGCGCAACCACAUACACCUUGCCCAAGGAGUCCCGGGCUCCGGGGUCAUAAGCAUGCGCAAUUCCUCGCAGAUCCUCAUCUACGUUGACGUCCAGAAGGCCCUCGAAGCGGGAAUCAAGUUCUUCCUCUCCGCGAACGGCGUCGUCCUCACCGAAGGAGACGAAAAGGGCUUCCUAGGCCCGCAAUUCUUUGCGCGCGUCGAGACGGCCAAGGGCGAAGCACUACCUGGCUGGGAGACUACGCAAGCCGUGCCGCGUAUCAAGGAAGUCAAAAAAGCGGAGGCGGCGGAGAAGGACAAGCCUACGGAAGUCGAUGCGACAGUUGCUGGUUCUGUUACGGAUACAUAA